UCAUUUGCAAACCCGCUUCUCGUCUCUGUUUAUCAAACUUCCCGCGCCUGAUUUCUCUCUCUCGCAGGCAGGCAGGCAGGCAGCCAACAAUUGCCUUUCUUCGCCGAGGGUCGCUGGAACCGACCUAAGGAAUAAGGCAAGGCCGGAGGUGCUGGCAUUUCGACCCUCGGCAACGACUCCACCGUGACGUCUUCAGCUGGUGGUGGUCGUGGUGGUGAUGGUUUCAGAGGUGGAAAAUUGGAAUUCGAUGAGCGGCAGCGGCUCUGUGUUGGGUGUAGGGGAGUUUCGAGGAGUUUGGGAGAUGCUAGGACGGGGGAAUCCUUGGCGGUUUGGAGAUUGGUUGUAGAUCUUCAGCUUGUGAAGUUUUUCAGGAGUUUGAUCUGUGUUGGUAGAGAAUGAUUUUUCCGGACGAACUUGGUUGGAGAUUAAGACGACUUGCAAAGGUCACUAGCUUUGGUACUUGAGGUAGUUUGAACAGGAUGCCUGAUUGAUGGUGGCCAUAUGCCAAUGCAAUGGACAAGGGGAAGAGUAAAACUGAUCUUCGAGCUGCUGGCAAAAAGCGGCUGGAGGAAUUUCGUCAGAAGCGGCAGCAGAAGGGGAGCUCGAUCAAAACCAGCACGUCUACUGCUUUAAAAGCCCUGAGUGAAAGCGAGCAGAAUCCCGGAGAGAAAGUGGGUGAGGAAAUUCUCAGAGGUGACUCUAUUUCAAACGAGGAGCCACAAAGGACCACUUCUGGAAAAGAUAGAAAAGCUGAGCUGGUUUCAGAUCACGCAGGCCAGGAUGGUAAUGUUCACGAAGAACAACGUGCGUCCACUGUGGUGGAUCCGCCUCCUGAAUCUUUCGGUGCAUCAUCUAUUCAGAGGCUGAAAUUGGGUGGUCAUCUUGUUCCAGAGACAUCAGAACAAAGUGUGGAUUCUCCAUGUGACCCAGGAAGUAGUAGCGGUAAUUUGGAUGACAAAGACAGGGAAGCUGUAUACACAAUCUUGUGGGAAAAUCAUGGAAUAGAUCAUCAUCAGCGCAACGAAGAGUGGCAAGAGAGUUCAUUUGAUGUUAGGGCUGACCUUGCUGAAAGGGCGCUUGAUCAGGGAAAUUACUCCACUUUUCGGGUUGAUGACGAGCAUUACGGGACUGAAACGAAAGAAACUCCACGUUCUCAAAGGAGACUGAGCGGAACUUUCGUUGAUGCCAUCGACAGGUUUCAGUCAUCUGAGGGAAUAAAUGUGUGGGAUGAGCAUUCUCUCAGUCUAGCGCCUAAUCAACAAAGGGCUGUGCAGGAUGAAGCAGCUGAGGAUGAUAAGAGAGACAGUUUGUCCGUGGAUCAAUCUCAUAAAGCUCACUCCUCAUUCACGAAAGAUGAAUCCACGGAGGAGAGGACGCCACCAGAGUGGGAUGAAAACUUGGAAAAGGAAAAAGUCAGAAUGGCUGCUGAAGUAGCAUUGAUGCACCAAAAGCUCGAGAAGGUCAUGGAGGAUACUAGAAGGGAGAGGGAAUUGCAAGACAAUGAGAUUGGUUUAUGGAAGAGCCAAGUUAGAGAAAAAGAGGAGGCUGUAUGCGCAAGGGACGUCCAGCUGCAAGAGUUGGAGGCUGACAAGCAUCAGUCUGAACAGAACUUGCGGACUGCACUCGACAGAAUUGAGAAAGAGAAGGAGCAGUCAAAUCUGGAUUUGAUGGAAGUCAAGUCUGAAGUUGAGAGACUGAAUGAGGAAAGGGGCGGAUUUCUGAGCAGAAUAGAAGUUUAUGAAAAGGAACUUGAAGCGUUGAGGAAAGAAAAGGAGCAGUCUAAUCUGGAUUUGAUGAAAGUUAAAUCUGAAGUUGAAAGACUGAAUGAGGAAAGGGGCGGAUUUCUGAGCAGAAUAGAAGUUUAUGAGAAGGAGCUUGAAGCGUUGAGAAGAGAAUCUGCUGAAUUGGUGGUUCAGAUGAACUACGUGUCAGAAGAGAAGAAUCUAUUGGCUGCAAACCUGAGUGCUGCAAACGAACAAGCAGCAGAAUCGCUUAAGCAUCAAGAACAGCUGCUUUCCAGCUUGAAGGAAUUAGAACAUGAAAGGGAAACUGAAACAACUCGAUAUCGAGAGCUAGGAUUGCACCUUGAAGGUGUCAUAACAGAGAAGGUGCAAUUAGAAGUGAGGCUUAGUGAAUCUGCAAACGCCUUGGAAGAGUUAAGAGUAAAUAAUAUACAGCUAUCUAAUGAUUUAGCAAUAUCAGAAGGACAGAGGCUUGCACUGACAGAAGAAAAUAAGAGUAAGAGUGAUCGCAUUGGGAUUAUGGAGGAUGAGCGACUGAGGUACCAUGAGCUUAUUGAAAAUAUAAAACAACGCCUGAGUAUGCAUGAGGAGAAAGAAAAAGUCACUGCGGCCCUAGAUGUACAGGUGAAGAAUUUUGAAGCAGAAUGUAAACGUUUGCAGUUUUUAGUGGAGACUCUAAGGACUAGUCUUCAGUCUUUGGAAGACGAGAAAGCUGAAUUAGCUUGCAAAUUUAGUGACCUGCAAGCGGAAAAGGAAGAAUUGAUCGCGCAGGUUGAGAUUGCAAAGAAUGAGCUGAUUGUAGAACAAAGUCAGCUGGAAAGCUCAAGAACACAGCAGGCAGAGAUCGUGAAAGAGCUUGAAAAUACGAAGCUUGAGGUUAUCAAAGUUCUGGCGGACAAGAAUAAAGUGCAGUUGGAUUUAGAGGAGUGUAAACAGAAACUGGAACAUCUCAUGGACCAGUUUGGCAAACUUAUAGUUGAACGAACCCAGAUGGAAGAAUUUCUGGGGCAGAAGCUGCAAACUUUGGAGGACAACAUUGAGGUUUUGAGUGAAGAAAAGCUUAAACUUGAGGAGCAGCUUGCAGGAGCAAAGCAUGAGCUGGAACAACUCAACGGGCAAUUAAGAAAAGCCGAUGUUGAGAGAGUCGAAAUGAGAGAGACUGCAGCUCUUGGAAUCAAAACACUUGAACAGCAGCUAUGGGGUCUAGAAAAUGAGCGCACGAAAUUGGAAGAGUUGUUUCGAACUGUAAGUACAGAGCUUCAGCUUUCAAAUGACAAAAUAAAUAAACUUACCGUGGAAAAGGUCGGAAACGAUGAGCUUCUCGGGCAGAAGCUGCAAAAUUUAGAGAAUAAUGUGAGAAUUUUGAGUGAAGAGAAGGUCAACCUAGAGGCGCAGCUUACAGGAGCAAAGUGUGAGCUGGAACAACUCAACGAGCAACUAAAAAAUGCUGAUGUUGAGAGAAUCAAAAUGAAAGAGAGUUCAGCUGUCGUGGUUGAAACACUUGAACAGCAAAUACGGGGUCUGGGUGGUGAGCGCACCGAGUUCGAAAUGCAACUUCAAACUUUGAGAGCAGAGAUUCAUCUUUUAAAUGAGAAGAUCAUCCAAAAUGCUGCAGAGAGAGUAGAAAUGGAGAUAGAUGCAGAGACGCUGAAUCAGAAAGUGACGGAUCUGGAGAAUCGUACUUCUGAGUUAGACCAGGGCUUUAAUGUGCUGAUCGAAGAGAAGGGUCGAAUGGUCAGCGAUCAUGCUAGUUUACAACAGAUCUUAGAAAAGACACGUGAAGAGAAGAUGCAACUUGAGUCGGACCUUCUGUUGAUACAAGAAGAUCUGCUCAAGCUCAAGGAUGAGAAAGCUCAAGUUGAAUCAGAUAGGGAGAUUUCACUUCAGAAACUUAAUGACACAAGUAUCAAGGAGGAAGUUUUAGUCAACCAGCUCAAAGAGUCUCAGGAUGCUUUGGAAAAAGUUAGUGAUGAGAGCAGAAGCCUGAAGCUAGAGCUCAGUUCUGUGGCGAGAAAAUUGUAUGAAUCCGUAGCUUCGAAUGAAAAGCUCGUUGGUGAUGUACAGUCCCUGCAAGAAAGGCUUCAAGCAGCCGAGGAAAUGAAAUCUCAUAUUGAGAUUGAGCUUAAAGAAUCAUUUGCGGAGUUGAAUGACAGUACUCAAGACAAGACCUCGUUAAACAAUCAGCUGAAUAGUCUUCUUCAGAAUGUCCAGGUUUUGGAAAAUGAAAAACUCGAGUUACAAAGCCGAGCGCAACAGCUUCAGGAAUCUGUGAAACAGAAAGAGGAGGAGAUGGUACUGUGUAAAGAAGAAUGGAGGCAACAUGAGGUCAAUAGUUCUGCCAAGGAGGAACUGGAGGACUUUGGAAAUGUGAGCCCUGGGAGCCAUGCUGCAAAUAUAAAACUUGUUAAAAAACUAGUUGAAGUCUUUGAGGGUAAAGUCAGUGAUGACAUACUUAUCCAGAAUCAACGUGGCUUGUCGUCUCCUGUCUCAGAAUUUUUUAUCCAGGCACAAGCUAUGAAGAAGACAUCAGAUGACUUGCAACGAGAACGAGAUGCUGCUGUGCAGGCAGAAUCAACUCUUCGUGCGGACUUGGUCGAAUUGCGAAAACAGUUCCACGAUUUGAGUGAGGAGAGGGUUAGACUUCAAACACAGGUUACAGAACUACAGGAAGAACUGGCAAUUGCAAUUGCAGAUUGCAGAAAUUUAAACCAUAAUAUUGAGCGUUUGAGGGAUGAAGCUGAGCAAGGCGUGAAAAUGGUUGCUAUACUUGAGAGAGACAAGUGUGCGUUACAAGCAGAGACUCUUGAGCUCGUAGAGAAGUUGAGAGCAGCUGAAGAAACAGUGCUAGAGGACCGAGCUUUGAAACAGACUUUGCAGGGACGAUCUGAAGAGCUAGAGGCAAAGCUCCAAGCUGAGAGAGAUGUUCUAGAGAAAAUGCUGAGUAGGUUGAAUAUCUUGACUAUUUACAUUGAAGAACAUGUGUUUACCUACGUUCCCGAGCUUGUCUGGACAAGCGAUGCUGCCGACAUAGUUUCGCAGGUUGAAUACAAAGUGACUCUUGUGGUUAAUAGGGUCCUCCCUGGCUUGAUUGCGAAAUCUAAUACCUUGGAGGAAGAGCGGGAUUUGGCCAGGACAGCUCUGUACAACAUGACAGACGAUAAUAAUAUGCUUCAAGUAGAGAGGAAUGGUCUCAUUUCAGAAAAAGAAGUCUUGAAGGCUGAGAUAGAAAGAAUGAUGAUAAGUGAGACGGAAGCAAGAGGAGAGUAUGAAGAACAAGUCAAGGUUCUGAUUUCUAGCUUGGAGGAGGCAGAGAAUCGAUUACAGUCAGUCAAGAAUGACUGCACUGAUUUUGAGAAGAAGCUACAAGUAGCGCUUAAUCAAGGAUUUCCGGAUCAUGAUGUGGAGCCACCUGGAACUCCUAUGAACACAUUGGGUGUUUGCUGGUUUCUGGUAGAAACAAUGCUUGAAAUUUCUUCAAAGAAGCUUCAAGACGUGCGGACAGAGUUCUCGCAUGCAAGCUCUGAAUUUGAUAACCUGUUAGCAGAGGAAAGAUUGCAGCAUCAAGCAAGAGUUGAGGAUGUAAAAGCUGAUAGAGAGGUGUUGCGGCAAAAAGUAGAGGAACUUUCUGAAAAGGUCAAGUUGCUCGAGGAAGAACGAACUCUGCUUCACGAAGAGCAGAAACGAGUUAGUCAUGAGUUUCGGGCCCAGUUGGAGAUUGAAGCGAAAUCCAAUGAGUUUAGUCGGGAAAAGAUUCAGGUGCUUGAAUCUAAUGUGUAUAGUCUACAAAAAGACUUAAAGGAAACGAAAGCAGAGGACAUUGAAGUUAGGCGUGCGUUUGAAAGGGAUAUUAAUCUGCUGAAGUCAACGUUUGAGGCCGCCCAAACUGAGUUAGACAAAGUUAAAGAAUCACAUGUUCGUUUCGAUGAAAAAUUGGAAUGUGCAGCUCGCGUAGUUCUUCCAAAUAUUGACAUCAAGCCAGUUGAUUUUGAAGACAACCUAUUUGAUUACUCCUGGGCUGUCGUGAAUUUGAUUCUUGAAGAAUAUUCUCAGAAGCUACAAAAUGUACAGUUAGAAGCCACGGAAGUGCAGAGCAGGGUUAAUAUAGACAGAGAGAGAGAAUUUCAAUCGUUGCAGGAGCAGGUGCGAAGUAUCACAGCAGAGCUUGGUGUGGCAAAAGAAGAGAAGCGUGUUGCACAAUCAGAACUUGCACAAUCAGAGAAGAGGUUGGCUACCUCUAAAGAGAGACUCACACUAGCUAUUAACAAGGGGAAGUCAAUUGUUGUCCAAAGAGAUGCUGUGAAAGCAGCUUUGGCGGAAAAGACUGCAGAGCUUCAACGAGUUGAAUCCGACCUUAAAGAGGUUAUAAAAGUCAAGGAUAUUGCUUUGCAAGAAGCAGAAGCAGCAGCGAUUUCCUUGAAAGCCAUCGCUGAUCAAGCAGAUAUCUUGAAGGCGAAAUUGGUUGAAAAUCACGAAAUUUCUGCAAAACUUGAGAAGUCUCUGUCUGAGACGAUUAGUGCCCUCAGGAAUUUGGAGACUAUGAUAGAUGAAAUCACCUCUGGUGCAGGUGGUGCAGCACAAACAAGAGUAGCCAAGCUCGAGUGGGUGGGUGCAACACUGAAGGAUCUUAAAAUGCGCCUCAGUUACCUUGAAGGCAAAGCAGAAAGUCUUAUUAUGGAUCUGUCAACUGUAUCAAAUGAGAAGGAAGUUGUCGUGCAGAAAUUACACGAUGCUACAUUGAAAUGUAAUCAGCUAGAGCAGGUUAUCGAAGAAGAUGCAUUGAAUGUAGUAGCACUGAAGUCCAAGAUUGAGAGCUUGGAGGAAACUGUUGUUGUAAUGAAAGCUGAGGCCUCGCUGCAUAUAAAUCUGCAGCACCAUGUUAGUAGGGCAAUUGGGAUGCUAGAGUCUUCUGGGCAGGACCUUGAAGCAGACCCGGAUUUGUCGAAUGAGUCAGAACUGCUUGCAGCUACAACGUCUUUUGUGAACAAAUACAAAGCUGUUGUGCAUGAAUCGGAGGAGCUCAGGAAACGAUGCAGUUUUCUCAGCGAUGCACUUGACAAGUCUGACGAAGAGAAAUCUUUGACUUCAGGUGUAAAACUUCAGAGCUUGGAGGAAAUGCUACAGUCCCGAGAUUUGGAAUUGAAAGACAUGAUGUUGAGGUUGGAAGAUGCCAAUAGAGUGAUUUCUGACAAAAGCAGUGAGAUAGAGGCAUAUAUGCAGAGUGACCAAAGACUUAGCGAGGACCUGGUUAAGAGCAAAGAGGAGCUGGGGACUGUAGAGCAGAAGAUGAAGGUCUUGAAGAACGAGUUACACGAAGUAGUGACCUCCUUCAACACCCCCUGGGAAGAGCGUGAUUCACAGGCUGAAGUAGUCGCACACUCGGUGUGCGAAACGAUCACGGAAGUGGAGUCGUUAAUGAAGACAGUUGUGGAGCAUGUGCAAAGGAGGGAGAGUGAAAUACAAGACGCGAACGAGAAGGCAAUGGCUGCAUUGAUGCUGGAUUCGCACGCGUCAAAAGAACUCGUGGCGAAACUCGAAGAGGAGUUUCUGGAGUGUAAGACUGUAGCACAGGAGAUAACCUGGUUGACGGGGCCUCCUCCGUCGUCAUCGUCAUUACUUGAUUGGGUCACGUGUCUAAAUGGUGCUCUUGAAGAAGAACACCAAAAGGUAGAGCGAGCUUCUGAAGAGAUAGAGGCGCUGACAAAGACGACAGAAGAGAAAGCGUUUCAAGUGCAAAAAUUGGAAGGUAAAGUGGAAUCAUUAUCUGCAGAGGUAUGUAAGGGACAACAAGAGAAAGAAUCAGUUGUUGAUGAGCUGCGAAAGACAGAAGUCGAGCUUCAGAGAAAAAAGGAUGAGCUUGAAAUAUUGGCAGCGAAGAAUGUUGGCCUGGAAUCGGAGAUGAAGUCUGUACGAACUAUGCUUCAAGUGCAAAAUGCGUUGAUGGGAUUUGAAGACGUUGUGGAACAUGUCCGCUUGCAAGGCGGACCUAGUUCGAUUGCAUCCCCAACGGAAUGGAUAUCAUGGCUCAUUCAAGCCUUCCGAGAUAAUCAAAACGUGCUUACUGAAGCUCAGCAACAGUUGGAAACCUUGAAAAGUACCAGCACUAUGAUUUCUCUUCAAGUCGAGGAGGUCAAUGCCAAAUAUUCAAGUGCUUGCGAAGAAUUGUCAGAUGAGAAAAAUAAAAAUGAAAUCCUACAGUUUAAGCUAAGAGAGCUUCAUGAGACGUUUGCUGUGGAGAGGGAUUCUCUUAAGGCUGAAAAUCGGGUGCUCAAAGAUUCGUGUGUGAAGGUUAGCAGCCGUGAUUUUGAGUUCUCAGAAGCCCAGAGAACAGCUACGAACCUUCAGGAAACGCUUAUUUCUAAGGAGAAGCAGUUUUCUGAGCUUCACAACGAGAUUGAGGACCUUCUUUCCAGAUACGUGGAACAGGAGUUGAAGCUGCAGUCUCUGAUUGAGGAGAAGGAAGGACUCAAUUCUGAGCUCGUGAAAGUAGAAGCUGAAAGGAACAGCCUUCGUAUCGAACUGGCGAAUGAGAAAAGCACUGCACAGUCAGAUGUGACUCAGCUUGAACAAAAGCUUGUAGUUGUACGAGAGAAACUUAGUCUGGCUAUCAAAAAGGGCAAAGGGCUUGAGAAGCAACGAGAUUCCUUGAAACAGUCAUUGGCGGAGGAAACAGCCAAAAUCAAAGUGCUCGAACAACAACUAGGUUCAUGGAAGGAGUUACUAGAUGAGGAAGCAGGCAAGUGCCAAGGGCUCAAAGAGCAACGAGAUUCCUUGAUGCAGUCAUUAACGGAGGAAACAGCCAAAGGUAAAGUGCUCGAAGAUCAACUAGAUUCAUUGAAACAGUCGCUAGAUGAGGAAGUAGGUAAAGGCAGAGUGCUCAGAGAACAACUAAAUCCCUUGAAGCGGUCUCUGGCGGAGGAAACCGCCAAGGUAGAAAGUAUUAUCGUAUCAUACACGAAUGAAAUCCAGAUCAGGGAUGCAGAGCUGCUGGAGUCAAGAGCUCAUGCUAAAGCUUUGGUUGAACAAGUUCAUGAAUUGCGUGAAAAAGCCACUUUGUCCCAGAAACUGAGUGAAAUAGAGCGUGAAAAACUGCAAAGUGCUCUUUCCCGCAUAGAGAUUCCAAGCAAUGUUCUUUCUAAGGUCACCGUAGAGAAAGUGGAAUGGCUGGUUUCACUGCUUGAAGACACUCGUAAUACUGCAGAUUAUCUCGAAGUUGAGUUAGGUGAUAGCAAGAGUGCUUUGGAGACUCUUAAGACAGUGCUGACGGAUACUGAAGAGAGGCUUCAAUCCGUUACUGUUGAGUACUUAAAAGCAGAAGACACUAACUCCACGUGGGUCAAGAAGUUGGAAGAACUUGAAAGCAGGACUGCUUUUGAUCGAAAACAGCACGAGGAUGAAGUUGACAGUCUCACUCGGGCUUUGAAGGAGGCUGAUAUGCGACAACAGGCUGCUUCUAGUCGUGUGAGGGAGUUGGAAAAGCUUGUUGAAAAGCAACAGAACACUAUUACUGCAUCCGAAGUUGCACGCUCAAAAUCAGCCUCAAAACUGGCUUUUACUCGUAACAAGCUGAAUUUACUCGUGCAGCAAAGUCAGGAGCUUGUUAGAGAAUGUGAAAAUCUGCACAAGAGUCUCCAGGAGCGGAAUGCUGAGAUUGUAGAGUUGAACCUCGAAAUCUCUCGACUUAAAAAUAUUAUCCAAGAUGAGCAGAGUCAAAGAAUGGGAAUCGGUUCCAUGGCAAGUUCUCAGCUUACACUUCUUCAAGAGGAACUUGCGAGAACUAGUGAAAAGUCAGCUGCAAUUGUCAAGGAGUUACGGGAACAGCAUGUGACAUUAAAAAGGAUUGUGGAAGAGAAAGACGAUGAGAUAAGAGGUGUUCAGAAAAAGCUUCUAGAGAUACUAGUGUAUGGUGACAGUGUAGCCUGGAUGGAACAUACUAUCACGAAUCAACACAAAGGUGAUGACAUUUUGGUAGAAGGAGAUGCACGAAAUGUAAAUGGAGAUCUAGAUUUGGCCUCUGUGAUUACUGUUAUUGGACAGAGAUUCGAAACACUGGUUGCAGGCGCCCAUGCAUGGAAGAAUAGUUUUGAGAAAAAGGAUGCUCAAUUACAGAAGUUGAAGAAUGAAUUGUACAACGUAACUAUGGAGAAGGCAUCAUUACAUGCAGAUAUACUUGCAAAGACAAAGGAGAUAGAGCGGUUACAGAGUGAAAUAAGCACAAAAGAUAUACCUGUGGGAGGAAGUUCCUCAAGUCAAUUUGAGAUAGAGGAAUUGGAGACAAGGAGCAAUCGUAUAGGUCUCAAAAUUCCUGUCACUCCCCAAGUGCGGAGUUCACGGCGUCAAUCUCAGUCAGAAAUUGCAAUCGACAUGGAUGAGGGAGACGACUCUUAUUUGCUUUCAGACAUGGAUGAUAAAGGGCAUGGAUUUAGUGCAUUGUCAAACUCAAGACUAGUACCGAAGGCCACAAGACUACUUGCUGACAAGCUUGAUGGACUGUGGUUUGCCGGAGGCAGGAUACUAACAAGACAACCCUCAGCAAGGCUAGGCCUUGCAACAUAUUGGAUAUUGAUACAUGUCUACGUGGCCAUGUGUUUCUUUAGUCAUUUUGUAACUCAUUCAUAAUCAACCCGCGGAUUGGACAUAUCAUGUGCUUCCUACGCCUCUCGUAGAAUCUUGUAAACGUGUGGGUGCCCGGUAUGAGGAAUUGAGUGCACUACAAUAUUGCGGCCCAAUGUUUUUGAGCAUGUGCAGUAACUAUUAUUGCUCCAAAACUCUGCGCUAGCAUCAGCUACAAUAAGGUCGUAUUUGCUCUUUUUGUAGCAGAGUGUAUGUGCACUCCUUGUCAAAUUUUCAGUGCACUCAAAUUCGCAUUCGAGUUGGAAAAUCUGUAGGGUGGUUUACAUUGAUAACUUUCUAGGGGUUGUAGUUUUGUACCAUAUGAGCUCUCAUUAUUAUGAGGGUUAGAAUCAAAAACGUAUGUUUGACCUGCAGAUCUCAAGUUUAUUUCUUUGAGCCACAUAUUACCUUGGUAUAGAAGUGUUCAGAGAUAUCUGUUUUUAUGUUUUAGGUUUUCCUGCUUGCGCUGCACAUUUAAUGUCGAUUUUAUGGAGCUGUGUGUGUAGAAGAAACACUAGCAUUGCAGCUUAGCAGGGAAAAUAAAUUAAAUAAAGUCAACUUCUGAAGUCAUAGUGAAUUCA